GCAGUGCAGCGCAGCGGACGGGGGCCGAGCGGCGAGGGAAAGGGCGGUCUGGUCAGAGCAGGGAGGAGGCAAGGCGGCGCUCGGAGGCAUCGGUCCCCUCCUCGACAGGGAGCGGGCGGCCGUCCGGAGAGGAGAAAGUGAGCGGGUGGCAAGCGAACCCGAGCAGCGGCAAAAACAGAACAAAAUAAAAUUUCCUUGGAGGGCCGCGGAAAUGCUGGAGCGCCGACCACUUGUGAGAGGAGCCGCCGUCGCGCUGUCGGAUCCCAGCGGCUGAGGAGGGACGAAGAGAGCGCGACCGCGACAUGUUCCGCUGCGCGAUCAACCGAUGGUGUGCUGGUGAGGAAAAACGAGUUGAUAGCCGCACAAUUUAUGUUGGACACCGUCAGAUUCCUGGAAUAGAAACGUUUCUCCCUCAGAAUUAUUGUGACAACAGAAUAAUUUCUUCAAAGUACACAUACUGGAAUUUUAUUCCAAAAAAUUUGUUUGAACAGUUCAGAAGAAUUGCAAAUUUUUACUUUCUUAUCAUAUUCCUUGUACAGGUUAUUGUUGAUACUCCAACCAGCCCAGUAACAAGUGGACUCCCUCUCUUUUUUGUGAUUAUUGUCACUGCAAUCAAACAAGGCUAUGAGGACUGGCUCAGACAUAAAGCAGACAACUCUGUGAAUAAAAGUCCUGUCUAUAUUGUAAAUAAUGGACGUAUUCUACAAAAACAAAGUGAAAAGAUCCAGGUUGGAGAUAUUGUAUGCGUGAGGGAGGAUGAGACGUUUCCGUGUGACCUUAUCCUUCUGUCUUCAAGCAGGGAUGAUGGUACAUGCUAUGUUACCACUGCUAGUCUUGAUGGAGAGUCAAGCCAAAAGACAUAUUUUACUGUGCCGGACACCAGUGCAUUCCGUACAGACGUGGAAGUAGAUUCUUUGAUUGCCACAAUAGAUUGUGAACAGCCUCAGCCUGACCUUUACAAGUUUGUUGGACGAAUUCACGUUUUCAGUGAUAAACAAGAGCCAGUGGCAAGAUCAUUAGGUCCAGAGAACCUAUUACUCAGGGGAGCCACCUUGAAGAACACUGACAAAAUAUAUGGUGUGUCUAUAUAUACUGGGAUGGAAACCAAAAUGGCAUUGAACUACCAAGGAAAAUCGCAGAAACGAUCAGUGGUGGAGAAGUCUAUUAACGUGUUUUUAAUUGUUUAUCUGGGCAUAUUGAUCAGUAAAUCUUUGAUAGGCACUGCAAUGAAGUACGUCUGGCAAAAUGACCCUGCAAACGAUGAACCAUGGUAUAGCUUAAAAACAAUUAAAGAAAGGAAUACAAAUAAGUUUGUCAAGAUGUUCACUGACUUCCUCUCCUACAUGGUACUCUUCAACUUCAUCAUUCCUGUUUCUAUGUAUGUUACUGUGGAGAUGCAGAAAUUUUUGGGGUCUUACUUCAUUACUUGGGAUAAAGACAUGUAUGAUGAUCAGUUGGAUGAAGGUGCAUUGGUGAACACAUCGGAUCUCAAUGAAGAGCUUGGUCAGGUUCAGUAUGUGUUCACUGAUAAAACAGGAACAUUGACAGAAAACAACAUGGAAUUUAUUGAAUGUUGUAUAGAUGGAUUCAAGUAUAAACACAUAGGAAAUGCAGUGUCUGUUGUGGAUGGCCUUUCUUCAACUGACGGUUCUUAUAGUGACAUCUGUGGGAUGGCUGGAAAGGAAAAAGAAGAGCUGUUCCUUCGUGCGUUGUGCUUAUGCCACACAGUUCAAGUAAAAGAGGAGGACAAAGUAGAUGGCUUGGUAAAACAGCAAGAGAGCGAGUGCACAUACACUGCAUCUUCUCCCGAUGAAGUCGCAUUAGUACAAGGUGCUAAGAGGUUGGGCUUCACCUUCAAAGGACUGGAGAAAAACUGGAUGAAAGUUCAGAACAGAGACAAAGAAAUUGAAAUGUAUGAACUUCUGCAGAUUCUUAGCUUUGACUCUAUUCGUCGACGCAUGAGUGUGAUUGUGAAAGAUCAUGCAGGGAAAAUUUUCCUUUUCUGUAAGGGAGCAGACUCCUCAGUUUUUCCAAAGGUGAAUGCUGGAAAACAAGAGGAAAUAAAGCUGCACGUGGAACACAGUGCAGUGGAUGGCUUAAGAACACUCUGUGUCGCUUAUAAAGAAUUUGCUCAGGACGAAUAUGACCAGAUCAGUGCACAGCUCCAUGCUGCCAAAAUGGCCCUAAAGGACAGAGAAGAAAAACUGGCUGAACUUUAUGAAAGUUUAGAAAGUGAUUUGCAUAUAAUUGGGGCAACAGCUGUGGAAGACAAACUCCAGGAACAAGCUGCAGAAACUAUUGAAGCCUUGCAUUCUGCAGGUAUGAAAGUUUGGGUGCUCACAGGGGACAAAAUGGAAACAGCAAUGGCCACAUGUUUUGCCUGCAGACUUUUUCAUACCAAUAUGAAGCUUUUAGAGCUGACAACCAAACACAUUGAGGAGUAUAGAGCAAGAGGCGCAGAGAAAGUGCACGAACUAUUACUGGAGCUCCAUAAAGUGGUUGUCCAAGAUAAAAGAUGUUCUUCUGCAAGCCUUUUAAGAAGUUGGUCAGUUACGCAGCAAUAUGGCUUGAUCAUAGACGGUGCUGCUCUGUCGCUAAUAUUGAAACCAACCCAAGAUGGUGGCUCAAGUAACUACAAAAGUCUAUUGUUACAAAUAUGCCAGAGAUGUACAGCUGUCCUCUGUUGUCGCAUGGCACCAUUACAGAAAGCACAGAUUGUAAAAAUGGUGAAAAACACAAAAGAACGGCCCAUAUGUUUAGCCAUUGGUGAUGGGGCAAAUGAUGUCAGUAUGGUUCUGGAGGCACAUGUUGGAAUUGGUUUGAAGGGCAAGGAAGGACGUCAAGCAGCCAGAAAUAGUGAUUAUGCAAUACCAAAGUUUAAACACCUACAGAAGCUUCUGCUUGUCCAUGGACAUUUGUACUACAUCCGGAUCGCACAACUUGUGCAGUAUUUCUUCUACAAGAAUCUUUGCUUCAUUUUACCUCAGUUUUUAUACCAAUUCUUCUGUGGAUUUUCACAGCAGCCACUCUAUGAUGCAACUUAUCUCACUCUUUAUAAUAUCUGCUUCACUUCUCUGCCAAUCCUGCUGUACAGUCUGCUGGAACAACAUAUAAACAUUGGAAUGCUGAGAAAAGAGCCCUCCCUCUACAGGAACAUUGCCAAUAACGCGUUACUUCAGUGGAAGCCUUUCCUUUAUUGGACCACUCUUGGACUCUUUAAUGGGCUCGUCUUUUUCUUUGGAGCAUAUUUUCUCUACGAUAAUUCAUUAUCUUCAGGGAAGGGGCAGAUUUAUGGAAACUGGACUUUUGGUACAAUUGUCUUUACAGUUUUAGUAUUUACAGUUAAUUUUAAGCUCGUAUUGGAUACUCGAUACUGGACAUGGCUGAACCACUUUGUAAUAUGGGGCUCUCUAGCCUUUUUUGUCAUUUUCUCUUUCUUUUGGGGUGGCAUUAUAUGGCCAUCCCUAAAACAACAGAGAAUGCAUUUCGUGUUUGCACAGAUGCUGACGUCUGGCGCAGCAUGGCUGACUAUAAUUUUAUUAAUAACUGUUAGUUUGGUGCCUGAUAUUGUGGUAAAAACCUUGAGCAAACCUGGCAGAAGGCAGUUCCAGAAAUAUUUGGUCUAUAACAAGGCUGCUGAUUCAGUUACGGCCCCCAGAUCCCCUGUUGAACCACUUCUUGCAAGAUCUUUCUCAGUUGAGUCAUGAUUGGCAUUGGCAGAAUGUAAGAUUCACACUGCCUGAAUUACUGACAUUUCAAUAUAUUAAUGAUCGUUCUUUCAUCCCAAGAUCUGAUGGUUUGAACAAGCUGUGAAGAAGUACUUAAGCAGUUGGAUUGAUAAAUUCAUAUUAAACCACUUUCUACACAAUAGUGCCUCUGAUAAUAAACAUUGGUAACAGCUGUUUGCAGGUAAUUCCAAAUGGACACCUGAAGGGUAUCUGGAUAUGAAUUUUACAUUAUGAAGUGUUUCUGAUAGAUCAGAAACUAUACAAUGACUUGUGUUCUGAGAAUGCGCUUUUAAUUUAAUCAAUGAGUUCUUAUGGCUUUGUAAUGCAGUACAUAAUACAAUUUUUGACAAACGUUUUGUAAAGACAAUUUGACGUGACUUGUCUGAAUUGUCUUUUAUUCAUGACAGUUUAUUCUCCAUUUCAGUAAUCGGGGAUUGUUGAAUUUUUAAAGUAUGUUAUUAAUAUUUGCUGUGCUUGAGUGCUAUGUCACCUGUCAAUGAAUGAUACUUUUGAGUAGAUUAAAGUGUUUACUAAAUCUGGGUUAGACUAAUGCACAAUGAAAUAUUCCUGGCAAGUGAGCCUUGAACUGAUGGCAUGAACUUCUACUUCUUCUGGUAAUUUU